GAAAUCUCUCUCUUCUCCCCGCAGGAUGGGUUCUGUUGUGCUGCUGUGUGUCCUGUUAUCUGUGGCUGUCACCGGACAGAGGAUGGACGACUGGGUCGAUCCUUACGACAUGCUCAACUACGACUCAGGCACCAAAACCAUGAAGACGUCCACCGAGCCUGCACACUAUGACAAGGUGACUACAAAAAGAAGACAAUACACGCAGGACGACCCGAGUCAGGCAGAGUCAACGCUGUGCAACAGCAAAGUAGAGGAUCUAAACAGACAGAUUGAAGAACAAAAGAAGAAGAUUGUGCUCAUCUCACAGCAGCCUACAUGUAAUCCAGUGUUCAAGAGAUUCCUCAGCAGGCUCCUGAAGGACAUACAAAGAGUUGGUUUGCCCAGUGACUCAUCAGAUGUCCUCUAUGAUGCUAAAAUCAGAAUGUCAAGACAAGCCAUGACAGAGAUUCAGACAUUUCUGGAGGGUGAAGACAACUGGGAAACUGGGGCCCUUGACGAUGCUAUCAGUCAGAUACUAAUGGAUCUUAAACAUCAUGACUAUGAGGCCUGGAAGUGGCAUUUUGAAGACACUUUUGGUGUGGAAAUUGACACACUACUGAGAGUGAUGCUGUGUGUUCUGAUCCUAAUGGCCAUCAUUUGCACUCAGUUGUGGUCAAUUGUGUCUUGGUUCGUGCAGUUCAGACGACUAUUUGCCAUUUGCUUCAUCAUCAGUUUGGCCUGGAACUGGUUUUAUUUGUACAAGAUUGCCUUCGCUGAGCACCAAAGCAACAUAGUGAAGUUGGAGGGCAUCAGUGCAAAAUGCACCGGUGUGAAAAGAAUUGACUGGAGCGAUAAUUUGAAAGAGUGGCUCAGAAGCACCUUGACUCUUCAAGAUGACCCUUGUAAGACAUACUAUGAAAAAAUCAUGAUCAACCCCAUUCUGCUGGUGCCUCCAAACAAGCCACUCUUAAUGACCAUCACAACUUUAUUCACUGAACCACUGAAGCACAUUGGACAGGGAAUAAGUGAGUUUCUUCGAGCCCUCCUCAAAGAUCUGCCUGUUACGCUACAGAUUCCAGUUCUCCUCACAAUCAUGCUCUCCAUUGUGGUAUUAAUGUAUGGAAGCAUGCAGGCAGUCUUUCAGCAUGGAAUCACUGCACCUCUCCGCCGCCCUCGACGAGAUCCACCUCCUCCAGAAGUGGAGCCACCGCAGCCUCAGUUCCAGAGGAUCCAGGGCCGUGAGCAUUUGGAAGAAUUAGAUAUUCAACAGCGACGUCCAAGGCAGCGAGCCAAUGAUGGCAGGUUGCACAGGCAUCAGGUUCUUAAGCAGCAACCCAACAGGCCCAGAGAAGAACAAGGUCAGGUAUUUGUGGAGACACUGUUAGCUGCUGACCCUUCCCACAGUGAGGAUGAGACGGAUUCUGAGCAGUGGGAAGGAAAUCCCGAUCUCUCUGCUGAUUUAGAUUCAAAUGAGCAGCAACCAGCUGCAGCGAGUGCUAGUGGUGUUGCUGCUGAGACAGCCCCAGAAGAGACUAUAUCCACUCGGUCCGAUUCAUCUGAGCCAAAGGCGAAACCUGUCAAAGUGAGUGAAAACCGUUCUCAGGAUGAGCCCAGCAAAGAUCAUUCAGCACUCAAACCUCAGCCAGCAAAGAGAUGUCCUUCACCAGCAGAUGUAAAGGACCCAGAAAACAAGACUUCCUCUGUCUCACUGCCACACGUUGAAACUGUCGGUGUUCCAGUUCAGGAGUCGGGUUCCGCACCAUUGGACUAGAUCAUCAUGUUUGGUGACAGACUUUGCUGAAAUGUGCAUCAACGACUUUAAUGGCUGGUCAAUGUUGAGUUGGCCCAAUGCUGCACUGUCACCCACAUUUGCUUUUCCUUUUGAUGACGCACCAGUCCUGUCACUCGUCGUCAUCUUAUGAUUUCCUCAGUCAGAGCAUAAUAUUUAGUCAACUAAACUAGUAUCAGGGAAAAGGGAACACUGUUUAAAAUACAGCAUACUGUUUUGUUUAAAGAAAACAGUGUUGUUUACAUGAUCAGGUGUCUUGGGUUGUCUUAUCCAUGGACAGGAAAUAUACAUUAAAGAUGUGUGUGUGUGUAUGUAUGUAUAUAUAUAUAUAUAUAUAUAUAUAUAUAUACAUAUAUACUGGAUAUAUAUAUAAAACACUUCAUUUGCAUUUGAUUCACCUUUCUGAAGUUUAAAUAAGAACUUUUUUUUGUAUUAUAAAGUGGAUAUUUCACUUUUAGAAUCAGCUAUUUUGUGGUUUUUGCUUCAUUCAGAUAAGCGGCAGCUUUUUUUUCUAGGAAAAAUAACAAAACCGUUGCACAAAGCAUGACAGGGUCACUGACAGCAUGUGUAGGUGCAGUGGCAAAAGUUGCUAUUAGUGAAUUUCAUAGACCUGUGUGUCAAUUGCAGGAUCAGCAAAUCACAGAAAAAUCGCAAAAACAAUUAGAAAAAUGACUUGUAGCAGUCCUUCCCAGUUAAAAAGAAGAAUUUAACGUUAUUAAAGAAGAGUCGUUUACUCUGCGGUAAGUUUUGAUGAACCUUCUGUAUACAGCCGAUAUAGAGGUGUUAUCUACCAAACACAUGCAGUAUACAGAGUUAGUGACUAGCUGUUGAUUUUAAUGGUUGAUUAUAAUUUGCCAAAGAAUAUGCGACUUAAAUGUGACUUGAAAUUAAUAUUUUUCUGUGUCUGCUGUGACAUGUACAUUAACACCAGUGACCAAUAACAACUUUAUAUGGUGAUUUAUGCUGUAGCAGUAUUAUGUUAUUAUUCCAAUUUGCUGCAACACAUAUCUGAAUAUCACAUGCCAAGUACUGCAGCUGUGAUCAGUGAAACUUAAUCAUGUUUGAUACCAAGGACUUCCAUCUUUAUAAAUGUCCUGCUUUUGUUUUACAGUAUUUAUUGUCCUUUGGCCUCAAGACUUUAGCAUACAGUGUGUAUUUGGGUUUAUAUGAUGUAUGUUACAUUGUAUUACAAGAGGGAAACACAGUUUCACUGUUUUCUCUGCUGAUUGAAAGAUUUUUAAUGAAAUCGUAACAUACGUAUAAAUAAAUACCAUUUUUAAUUA